UUUUCAGAUGGUUUUUAUUAGCUAUAUGGUAUUUUUUGGAUUUUUAGUGCCUUUUCCUGUUAUUAUAUUUUGUUAUGCUGGAAUAAUUCACCAUUUGAGGAGAAAACCGAAUGGAUUUAUUUCAACUCAUUCAAAACCUGCCGUUCGCUCAAUUCUUCGAGUUGUUAUUUUUCAUUUUCUUUGUUGGACACCAUUUUGGAUUUUUGUUUCUUUACCUUUACUUUCACAUUUUAAAUGGGUUAAUAUUGAACCUUUAUUUGAAUUUUUGCCUUUUAUUAAACAAAUUAAAAUUAUUGCAAAUGUUUUGCCAUGUGUUAACAGUGCAUUUAAUUGGAUAUUUUAUGGUAUGAUGAAUAGCCAACUCCGAGAUUCAAAUAAUUCAAUUGGAGGAGGUAGACACCCUUAUAUGUCUAUAGCUAUGUUGCCUAGAACUGCUUCAUUUUCUAACAAAAGGCGUUCAACAUCAAGAUCAACACGUUCAUUAUUGGCAACUAGUCGAUUAUAAACAAUUUGAAGAUGGUUAAUUGAAGGGAAAAUGUGUAAAAAAGAGGUUUUAAAAAAUUGAACUUUGAU